UCUGUCACUCUCUGUGGGUAAAUAUUGAAAACCGGGGCGAGGAGGGGAUAUGGAUACAAGAACGGCUCUUGUAAGCAAACAGACAAAGAGUUGAACCUUCUCUGAACCCGUUUUCUUUGUGCCGAUCACCUGCCCAUUUCUCUGCGUUUCGAUCUUUAAUCCCCACAAAAAAAUCGUUAAGCAAAUGCCCUGAAAAUUUUAAAAAGAAAGAAAAAGAGAAACUGAAAAUAUUUUUUUUCUCUCUUCUUCCUUGGCAAAAUCUUGUUUGGUAUCAUAUAGAGAGAGAGAGAGAGACAAACCAGAAAGAGAGAGAGAGAGAGAGAGAGAGAGAGAGAAUAUCUCUCAUUACUGUUUGACAUAUAUUCUUCUCUGAGUUUCCGUCAAUUGGCGCAUAAACCUUUCUGUAAAAUUCUCCUUUGAUUUUCUAUGGAAUACAUCCGAUUCUUUUAUCAUCUCACUUUAUGAAUAAAACCCAGUUUAAAUUAUUGCUUUUUUUCUCUGUCUGUCUGAAGGAUUUCUUGGAAUAGCUUGCAGAUAGAUUUGGGAAAAAAAUAAAAAAAAAAUUGUUUAUUGUUUGGAAAAUCUGGUUGGACUCAAUCCCUGUUCAGUUCAAUUCUUAUCUGCUCAUCUGAAGACUUCAUUCUUUGUUAUCUUUUUUUUCUAUCAGCCCAUCAGAAUUGUUGGGUCUGAAACUGAUAGAAAAAGAGAAGAAACCGGAGUUUUACUCAAUAAGGUUUUCCGCAGUCAGCUUUGAUUUUCGGGGUUAUCAUCAAGAUCAAGUUUUUGAUUACGUAUCUGUGAAUUAAGAAUCGAUUUCUUGAUCUGGGCACUGAUUGAAGUUCCUAUUUGAAAGAAGGCCUUGUGAAUUGAGUUUUGAGUUUUUCAACAUGGCUAACGCUUCCAUGAGUCUUGAUAAAUGGAGGGAGUAUUUCCGGAGUGCAAAUUCCGACAUUUUUGAUAUAAUUGAGCAUGCAAUAAUGGUUGCUGCGUCUGAUUGUCCCUAUGUCUUCAAACUGAAGAGGGAUCAAAUAGCUGAGCGGCUGUUCGCUUGCAAAGUGACCAAGUGUUUUGGCUGUGAGAGAAUUGAAUUGGCUGUGCCAACUGGUGAUGGUGUAGAGAAAAGUGAAGAUAAGUACAAAAGUGGGAUUGAGGCCGGAGGGAGUAAAGACACAAAGGAGAGCAAGGUGAAUAGCAGCAGCAGAGAUGAUGAUGAUGAUGACGAUGAUCAUAGAGAGGUGAUGGAGAUGAAUGUGAAUCAGAUUAGCAAUUACAGUUAUGGGGAUGUUGAUGCAUUGACUGAUGAGAUUGAGGAGGAGUCUCAGUUUUUUGGAGAGGUUUUGAGGAUCAAGGAAAUUCUUGACAACAAUGAAGAAGAGUCUGAUACAUUGUUGUUUGAUUCACUGAGGAGGCUCCAGCUGAUGCCUUUGUCCGUGGAGACUCUCAAGGCUACAGAGAUUGGAAAAUCUGUUAAUUCUCUGAGGAAGCAUAGUUCGAAGGAAAUUCGGAAUCUUGUUAGGACAUUAAUUGAGGAUUGGAAAGUCAUGGUUGAUUCAUGGGUUAAUGCUACAGCUGCCAUUGCAGAAAUUGCAACAGAAUCCGUCAAAACUUCUGUUGUUGAAGAAGAGGAAGGACUACCAUCCCCUCCUCUGGAUGAAGGCGCUUUCUUCGCCACUCCUGCUUCAAUGGAGCUCUCACAGUUCUUUGAUGGCAUGGAUGACGGAAAUCCUCGAAACAGUGGGGAAUUCAACAAGAACCGAGAAAGUGGCCGAAAGCUGAAUCUUGAGAAAAUCAAUAACCGCAACUGGAAAGUUGAGAGUCCCGAUGAUUCACGCCCUCUUCUCCCGAAGGAAAAAAGGGCUGAACAGAUGAGAAAUGUGGAACCUAUAUUGAGGAAACAAGCCCCUCCGUCUAAGCCCAAUCGGCCUCCUGGUGGUGAAUCUGGACCAGGCAGACCAAGGCCUCCUAGCAGUGAGUCUGGCCCCGGCAGACCAAGGCCAGCUGUAAGACCAAAGCCCAACAACGAGAUCAAGGUCCAGCAAAAAUCCGACACGGGCACAAUUCAGAAGAAACCAAUGCCUCAACAGGAGAAGUCAAAUGGUAACAACGAGGCUUCAGUUCGGAUGAAAUUAGAGGCUGCCAAGAGGAAACUUCAAGAACGAUAUCAGGAAGCCGAGAACGCCAAGAAGCAGAGAACGAUACAAGUUGUCGAGUUGCGUGAUCUUCCAAAGCAGAGUCUUGUGCAGAGGAAUCAGCACAUGAGGCCUGGGAAUUACAACAGGAACUGGGCAAAUGGACGAAGAUAGAUCUGUAGUUACUGAAUUUAGCCUUAAUAAUCCUCAAAUUCCUUCCGACUUGCCGACUCAGUCUAGCGGAAUGACAAGGCUAAUAUCCGGUUUAUUUAGUCUCGAGCUGCUCAGGAAACGGAGAAAUUGAAGCGGUUGAUCUCCGGGGAGCUUCUUUUUGCCGAGUUGGUCAAGUUAUAUAUGGGAUGUAGCAUAGACCUCUUAGUUGAACAAUUAGGGAAAGCACAGCAAUGUGUUUGUUUGGUCUGAACCAUUGGUUUAGCAAAUAGGGAACAUAAAUUGUGUCCUCCAAGUCAUGACUUUUUUCCUUGAACAUGUUGUCUCUUCUUUUACCAUAACUGGGGAGGACACAGUUCGCAGUUUGCACAUAACCAACUGCACCUUCACUGAAAAACAUCUAAACAUGAAUGCAAUAGAAAGAGAACAAACCUUGCUGGGUUCAGUUCA